CAGAAACCGAAACUAUCUUCAGCUUCGCUUCAGAAGAAGCUUAUCAGCUAAUGGCCGCCGAGGAGGAUUCUUCAGACGUCGCCACGAGUCUUGAUUCUCAUUCAAACACUAAUCUUAACGACGCUAGUGAUGAUGUGACCAAUCACGACUCUUCCAAGGCGUUGAUAAUCCCUUCUCCCGCCGUUUGUCUCGUCCGUUUCGCCGGAGACGCAGCUGGCGGCGCCGUCAUGGGCUCUGUAAUCGGCUACGGUUCCGGAUUGUUUAAGAAGAAGGGGUUUAAGGGAUCAUUUGCUGAUGCGGGUCAGUCUGCAAAGACUUUUGCAGUUCUAUCAGGAGUACACAGUUUGGUUGUUUGUCUUCUGAAGAAACUGCGAGGGAAAGAUGAUGCGAUUAACGUUGGAGUUGCUGGGUGCUGCACUGGACUUGCUCUUAGUUUCCCCGGUCCACCACAAGCAAUGCUACAAAGCUGCAUCACUUUUGGUGCCUUUUCUUUCAUCCUUGAAGGACUCAACAAAAGGCAAACAGCUUUGGCCCACUCUGUAUCCUUGAAACAUUAUCAAACCAGGAGUCUCAAAGAUGAGUUACCACUCUCUUUGGCGCUCCCAAUCCACGAAGAGAUCAAAGGAGCUUUCUCUUCUUUCUGCAAAUCUUUAACAAAGCCCCGGAAGCUCUCAUUUCCCAGCGCACGUUGAUUUUUGUUUCUUUCCAACUUGUUCUCCGGACUUUUGUAGAUGCUGAAAACAGAUGUAAACGGCUUUGCUGCUUGAGCCAAUGAGAAAUAGAGAUGUGUGCCUUUUUCAGACUAUUUAACAAAUAGUACUUGGAUUUAAAACCACUGGUUAUUACCAUAAUGAAAGACAAAUUAAAAGAGUCCCUUUGCUUGUAG